UCUUAAGUAAUCAAAAGAUUGAAUGAACAAACUAAAUUACAAUAAAUUUUCAAAUAACUUAGAAUAUCGUCAUCCUAUUUAAUGUAUUUCGCUCAUAUAAAUUAUGAUCAAACUCUAAAGAGAGAUAGAAGACAACAAUUCAUUUUCAUAAAGGAGAAUACAUUCAAAGAGAAUUUUCAGUUCGAGAAAAAUCGCCCAAUGUUUUAAUUAAAGAAUAUAGAAGGAAAAAUGAUCUCUAGGCAUAUAUAGUUGCAUUGCAUGUGCUUUAUAAUCACCAAGUACAGCUUUUUUAUACAUAAACAUAAAGUGCAACAAAGCACAAGUAGAGUGAGCACCGCCCAAAUUUCAAAUCCCAAAAAUCUUUACUAGUAUAUCCCACAUAUAUAUACUCUAUUGGCCUAAUUCUAUACCUUUUGUUAUAAGAUUUAGAUCUAAAUAAUAACCAAUGGGUGAAGAAACUAAGCCAGAAGAGCAAGCUCCGGUUGCAGUACCAGCUCCAGCUGAAGCUAAGAAUGAUGAAAAACCGCCUGAAGAAAACCCAUCACCGCCGCCAGCAGAACCACCAGCCGAGGAAGGAAGUAAGGAAGAAGAAGCACCAGCACUACAACCACAACCACAACCACCACCACCUUUUGUGCUUUAUGUGGACUUACAUUGUGUUGGAUGUGCCAAGAAAAUUGAGAGGUCCAUCAUGAAAAUUAGAGGAGUUGAAGGGGUAGUAAUUGAGAUGCCUAAAAAUCAAGUAACCAUAAAAGGUGUGGUAGAGCCAAAUGCAAUAUGUAACAGAAUUAUGAAGAAAACUAAGAGAAUGGCUAAAGUUUUGUCACCUUUACCUGCUAAUCAGGGUGAACCCAUACCAGAACUUGUCACUUCACAGGUUAGUGGAUUAACUACUGUGGAGCUUAAUGUAAAUAUGCACUGUGAGGCCUGUGCUGCCCAACUUAAGAAGAAGAUACUCCAAAUGAGAGGAGUACAAACCGCAGAAACUGAAUCAAGUAGUGGAAAAGUCACAGUAACAGGUACAAUGGAUGCUAAUAAGUUGGUUGAGUAUGUGUAUAGAAGAACAAAAAAACAAGCCAAAAUAGUCCCACAACCCGAGCCCAAGAAGCCCGUUGAAGAACCCAAACCCGAUGAUGGUGAUCAAAAGCCCGCAGAAGAGCCUAAGCCCGAAGAAAACAAUGCAGAAGCACCAAAGGAAGCUGGAGGAGGCGAGGAAAACAAACCAGCAGAAACAGAUCAAGGAGCAGAUGAAAACAAACAAGAGCCACCUAAAAAGGAAGAACAAGAAAUCAAUAACGAAGUAAAAAUUAAUCCCAUUAAUUAUGAAGAAGAAUCAAUGAAGAGAAUGAUGUAUCAUCCUCAGUUUAAUUACUAUAAUUAUCAGCAGCCCAUGUAUAUGAUUGAGAGAAUCCCACCUCCACAAUUGUUUAGUGAUGAAAAUCCUAAUGCAUGCUGCAUUUCAUAACCCAAAAUUACGAACAGGUCGUCUCGGUUAGAACAUCUAUUACUUUUAUUUUAUAUCUGCUUUUUUCGGCUUACCAUACACCUGAGAAAACAUAAAUGAUGAUUAUGCAUAUCAUCAUGACAUAUACAAUCAUCAAAGUUUGAACUUAUAAUAAUUUAUGGUUUUUUUAAAAGAUAUUAUUAUAAGUUCAAGGGAUACUCCAUAUAGAGAUUUACUACCACAUGAUGGUACUUAUGAGAGUAUAGAGAACUUAGUUGGGUUGUUGUAAUAUAGUGUUCUUAUUUAAUAAUGUUGAUUAGAGUCAUUUUGUAUCUAUGUACUAAGUACUUGAUAUAUGUAAUAAUGUAAUCAAUCAAGGUACUUUGAGUUGAUUAAU